AUGGCGCGCCUCCUCUCGCUCGCCCCAGACAGAUUCCGCUGCAGAUCCAUCGUCCCCAAUAUACAUUACUGCCUGUGCAUCUUCGGGUCCUACGAGAAUCUCCUCUCUGCUGUCAAGCGCAAUUUCUACAUUCUCACGUCCAACCUUGAGACAGUGAUCAAGCCCAAUGUCGCGGUCCUGCGAGAGUUUGGGCUUGGUCCUUGUGAUAUUGCCAGGCUGUGCGUCGCUCAGUCAUGGCUGCUCACCACCAGGGCAGAGCGUGUCCGGGCGACGGCGGUGUGCGUCGAAGGUCUGGGUAUACCCCGAGGAUCUGGGAUGUUUAGGCAUGCGAUGGGUGCUGUCGCAUUCGUCAGCGAGGAGAAAAUCGCCGCCAAAGUGGAGCACCUGAAGAAAACGUUCAGGUGGGAGGAUGCUGAGGUGGGCAUUGCUAUUUCUAAGGCUCCAAAUAUGCUGAAUAAGACUAAGGAAUUUCUGCAGAGAAGGUCGGAGUUCCUCAUCUCUGAUUUGGGGUUGGAACCCGCAUACAUUGCUCAUCGCCCCGUAAUGCUCUCGUACAGCCUGGAGGGCCGGCUAAGGCCCCGGAGCUACGUUGUGAAGUUUCUCAAGGCAAAUGGAUUGCUAGAUCCCGACAGGGACUUGUACUCCGCAGUCGCACUGAAUGAGAAGGUAUUCAUGAAGAAGUUCAUAUGUCCUUACAAGGAAGCUGCAUUGCACCUUGCUCAAGACUAUGCAGCAGCUUGCAGAGGGGAAGUGCCGGCUAGAUUCAGAUUUACAUGA